UUUAAUAAGGAGCAGAUAAUCCUGCAGCUUGCAAGUCAUUGCUUUCCAUCCUAGAUGUGACUGUGUUGCAGUACCAUGAGGAGAGAUCCUUUCCUGUGGUCUCAUGUGUAAAAUUAACUUUCCACAGCCUCUGUACAGUUUAAAACAGCACAGCCUCUCCUGGACAGACAAUACCAAUCUGAUAAGGGUUUUGUAAGAAUUAGUGAGUCAAUACACGUGACAUACUAUUUCAGUGGAGUGUGCUGUUCACAUACGAGUGAACUGCGGAGACCCAUGAUAGUUCUGCUUUUCUCUGCAAGAACUGCCAGUAAUUUCAGCUCAUCCACACAGAGAAAGGAUCUAGCCUGAACUGCUGUUAGAGGAGUCUUGGCCAUUGCUUCCCCUUGCAUGGAAGCCUCCAGUGCCAAGUUCCCCAGUCUGCCCCUCUAUAUGUGAGAGCAGAGCUGAAGGGAAGGACCCACACCUGGGAUGAGUCACUGAGGGACUGAGAUGUCUUCGCCAAAUGAUGUCAGUAUGGAAGAAAUACCUCUGGAAGACAACGAGCGAGACAGCAUAGAAUACAAGAUCCUGAUGGCCUAUGCACAGCGGCGGUUGUCUGCUAGCAGAUACAAGAAACUUCUGAAAAAUGAGACAAAUGCACCAAAAUCAUCAUCCUUAAUCAGGAGUGAAGUAGAGACUCACCAUCAAAUGGGAAAAGAUGGUUCAAGCCAAACAUCGGAAUUGCAGAGUGGCAUGAGGAAACAGCAGAGCAAAAAGAAACCAAAACAAAAACAUUUGUCAAGAUAUUGUCUACCCUUCUUCUGCAGCAGAGCAGAGCAGGAAAAGCCCCAAAAAACUUUUGCACCUGAAAGUCACACUUUUGGUACAUGCACUGAGAGCCUUUCAGUAAAGACUUAUCAUCAGACAAGUGAAAAAGCAGAUGUCAACAACAUUGCAGACCACCCCCCUCCCCAGUCAGGUGAAAAAGCAGAUGUCGACCACAUCGCAGACAAACUUGCCAAGCUUGUUACUUCCAGACCUCAGUCAUCUCUUUCAGAUGUGAUGUUCAAGACACUGGUGCAUUCCCGGUCUCUGGAAGAAGAUGGCAAAGAUACUGGUGAGGGAAAUGAGAGUGAAGGAAAUGAUGAAGAAAAGACAAUACAAAAAAUAGUUGCACUGUUAAGAAAAUCAGGGGAUCAACUAGAAGAAAAGUUCAAAAAGGACAGGACUUUCUAUCAGCAAUUUAAAGACAUGCUGUCCUACACCUUCUUUGAGAGGGUCACUGAUACAUUCCUGGAGGAUGUCUCAGCAGAUUCAACAAAUGAGACAGAAAGCCAACUACAAUGCGCCAAAGUUGCCUUCACACUGGAAAUUGCCACCAGACUUACUGCUGUGGACAACCAUCCUAUGAACCUGGUCAUGGGCUUUGGAUCAAAGUACCUCAAAGAACAUUUCAGUCCAUGGAUUCGUGACCGGGGAGGCUGGGAGAAGGCUUUGACUUCACUGGAUCAGGAAGAAGUAGAAUAAAUGUGAGUGAAUGCAUUCUUCAGGGUGCAUGAACCUUCAGUUAAGGAACAUGCAGGAUCUUACCACAAUCCAAUUCUCAUGGCUAUGUAUUUUUAUUUUUCACAUGGAAUGUUGGACUCUUGAAUGGCAAAGUCUGAUGGGUACAAUAGCACUUCCUCAAAGUUGGUAUUGAUGUAGAAGUGCUUUUUAAAGGAUAUGAAGGCACUUCCAACUCCUCUGCAGCAUUCAGUCCCAUGGACAGUGAUUACAGGUACCUUUCUGAGUAGAGGUGCUUGCCACUGCUCCUACAGAUGGAUGUUGAAAUGCAAACAGGAGGAAAAUAUCAGUGUGCAGUAAAGAAUCACUGGACUGUGAUCCAGUCCACUUCCACUUCCACUGAGCUGAUGGAAGGGGAUGGGGAGCAGAAUGUGGCCCUCAUAAUCCACGAGGAAAUGGUUGGUGACCUGCUACAGCACUUAGAUGUAUGCAAGUUGAUAGGGCCAGAUGGGAUCCACCCAAGGG